AUUUCAUAGCAUCCCCCAACCCAACACCAUCGUUUUGACCCUGUCUCUCUCUCUCUCUCUCUCUCUCAGUACUCAAAAAACCCUCACUCACUCACUUCAUUCAAACCUCUGCUUGCUAAUCAUUAUGGACGAUGACCAGUAUGGCCUGCCGGAUCUCCGGCGACUCAUGCCUCCUGGCACCCAUUUCCCGGCUAUCUCCCACCCCCUCGAGCCCUUCUCCCUUCACCGGAACCUUCAUCUAGGGACCGCUCUCCCGCCGCCGCCCUCAUCCCACUUCGGCCCAUCAAUUCAUCAUCAUCAUGUCGUCCCCAACAUCAACACUCAGUAUAACCCCCCACAAGGCAUCAGUUUUGCUACAGGCACCGAUCCAUCGCCCAGCUCAGCUCCCAUGAAUUCCGGUGCCGCCAUGUCACCGUUGUGUGGAAUGGAACCGGAGUGUGGGGAAAGGUUGAUGGACAGUGGAAGUAGCAGUAGCAGGUGGCCGAGGCAGGAGACCUUAACCCUUCUGGAGAUCAGAUCCAGUCUUGAUUCCAAGUUCAAAGAAGCUAAUCACAAAGGUCCCUUGUGGGACGAAGUCUCUAGGAUAAUGUCAGAGGAACAUGGGUACCACAGAAGCGGGAAGAAAUGCAGGGAGAAGUUCGAAAACUUGUACAAGUAUUACAAGAAAACGAAGGAGGGAAAAACUGGGAGGCAAGAUGGCAAGAAUUAUCGGUUCUUUCGUCAACUUGAAGCCAUAUACGGAGAAUCAGCGUCAUCUGCUAGUAACCGAUUACGAGAAGCUAAUAAUAACUAUAAUUGGCAAGACCAAAAUAAGCUUUCUGAGAGCCUUAGUUUCUCAAUCUCCAACUCCUCCCACGACUUAGAGACCUCGUCUUCAGAGAACAAUGAGGAGUAUCAUGACUUAUCGGCCAUGGCCUUUGCAAUGAGUCAAUCGAUGGACAAGGAGAAGAAGAAAUUACUCCACAUUGAUGAAGAGGGCCAAGCUAAUGAGAGCGGUAGAAGGUUAGGGUGGAAGGAGAAAGUGAAGGCCUUCAUAGAUUCACAGAUGAGGAAGCUAAUGGAGAGACAAGAGGCUUGGAUGGACAACAUGUUGAAGACCAUCGAACAAAGGGAGCAAGAGAGGGCGUGGAGAGAGAUAGAGUGGCGGAAGCAAGAGACAGCCCGGUUCGAUCGGGAACACGAACUUUGGGCAAAGGAGAGGGCAUGGAUCGAGGCCAGAGAUGCCGCUCUGAUGGAGGCCUUGAAGAAAUUCACUGCUGGGAAUGAGCAACUGAUCAGCGUGAACCUUUCGCUUUCCAAGGCACAGCUACUACCUGGGAGGGAUCAGAAUCAGGUUGAAAGUAACAUGAACGAGUCCGAGACAUGGAGCCUCAUACAGCUGAGGACGAGCUUAGACCCGAGCUUUCAAGAGUGUGGAUACUCGAGUGAUGGGCUUUGGGAGGUGAUAGCCGCUAAAAUGACGUGUCUAGGACACAAUCUCAGUGCAGCCGAGUGCAAGGAGAAGUGGGAGAACAUCAAAGCUUCUUUUAGCAAGAUAGCCGAUGGUAACAAAAAGGCGGAUUAGCUUCAUACUUAUAUCCACAGUGCGUGACUUUCCAGUUUGGCUUCUAAUAAUUAUAAUAUCUAUAUAAAUGUCGUGUUCUUGAGCUCAUAUCCGUUUCUCAAUUCAUACCUAUCUGUUGGCUAGUGAAUUGGAGGCGUUUGGACUGAUUGAGUAGCUUCUCAUAUAGUUGACUCAUUGGCUUAGUGAGAAAGGAAUAACUAUAUAUUGAGCAUCUGAUCAUCGAUGUAUGUAGCAGCUAGUUGACAGUUUAUUCAAUCUUUGUUCAAUACGAUUACGAAGUUCUCAAGAAGCGUGAGACCAUAAGAGGAGAUCGCAAGGAUGGGACAGUGUGUCUAUGGCAGGAACUGAUCAAGAUUUUAUUAUCUUGGGCCCGGGGUUUUUUAAGGGUUUUUAUUAAUUAUUUCUUUGUUCACAAGUUAGGUUUUCUUCCUGUAGGUGAGAGUAUUAAAUGGCUUCUCAGUUCAUAAGCUGGUCUCAGGAUUGCAGGACAGUCAUUUAAUUAAUUUCCUACAGAAGUGUUUCUUU